AGUCAACACUUCCGUAUUGCACAUGUCUACGGGAGAAAGGAGGAAUGUCCACCGAGUUUCGUCAUUGAACGUGUAACAACUACGGUUGUACUGAUCAUACAUUUUUUGGACAGGCGGUAACCAUGGCUUCCCGAGCUGGACCUCGAGCUACUGGCACAGAUGGAAGUGACUUUCAGCACCGCGAGAGAGUGGCCUCACACUACCAGAUGAGUGUCGCCCUCAAGUCCGAGAUCCGUAAGCUGAACAUCGUCCAUGUUCUAAUCUGGCUCCUCUUAGCUGCCCAGGUGACAGUGAGCCAGCUGAACCUAGUGUCCCACAGUGUGGUGGCUGCUCCCUACCAGUGGGAGUACCCCUACCUGCUCAGUGUCAUCCCCUCCCUCUUCAGCUUCAUGGCCCUGCCCAAAAACAACAUCAGCUACCUGGUGAUCUCCAUGAUCAGUGCCGGCCUCUUCUGCAUAGCACCGCUCAUCUACGGGGGCAUGGAGAUGUUCCCGGUGGCCCAGCAGCUGUACCGCCACGGCAAGGCCUACCGCUUCAUCUUUGGCUUCUCUGCCGUGUCCGUCAUGUACCUGGUGAUGGUGAUCGCGGUGCAGGUGCACGGCUGGCAGAUCUACUACAGCAAGAAGCUGCUGGACGCCUGGUUCACCUCCACACAAGACAAGAAGAAGAAAUGAGGACAGAGGACUAAAUUAUUAAAACAACUGACAAGGAAUGACUAUUGCUGCCUGCCACUGUCUGACACCACUUCUAGGCCCAUCUUCCAUCUAUAUUUGAAUUCUACAUCCCCAUCUCGCCAUCCCUAAUUGAUAGUUGUAGGACUAAUUGGAAUACUCAGCAGGCUGUCCUGUCAUCUAACUGGUAAACCCUCUAACCUCCAUUAUCUCAUCUCCUGGCUCUGGAGCCUGUGGACAGAUUAAGACUUGAGUUGUCUAUCUGAGACUUCAGGGUUUAAUGUUGACCUGUCCUGCUGCCUUUAGAAACCCAUCCUCUUAUAUCUCAUCCUGAUCUAUGGAGCUGGCUGCCAUAAUCUGUCCUGCAAGGGAUAGUACGCUAGUUACUGUAUCUCCAAUCUUAGCCAUAUGUUCCAAUUAUCUCUCCUUUCUCCACAAGUUUGCACUUUGAUGGGGUGGGGACCACAAAACAUCUCAACGCAUCAUGCCGCAAUAGCCCGCGGGUCUACCUAACCUUGGGGCGGCAGGUAACCUAGUGGAUAAGUAACCGAAAUUUUGCAAGAUCAAAUCCCCGAGCUGACAAGGUAAUAAUCUGUUGUUCUGUCAUUGAAAAUAAGAAUUUGUUCUUAACUGACUUGCCUGGUUAAAUAAAGGUUAAAUAAAUAAAUCCAUACCCACACAUACAGUCAGAGCCGGCCCUAGCCUUUUGGGUGCCCCAAGUAGAAUUUUUUUGUGUCCCACCUUGCGAGCACAAAGUUUUAGUGCCCCCCCCCUCCCCUAAUAUUCUACACAAUUUGCCAUGGCGAGGAGAGAUUUUGUAACUAAACUCAUUUCAUGGAAUUCUAAUAAUUUGCAAUUGGGUGGAGAGAAAUGUGCAGUUUUUCAGCUAAUUUCUUGAAAUUUUUCACCCAACUAUAGGAUGGAGAGAAAUGUUUGCAGUUUUUAUUAUGAUAUCUGAGUGAGAAUGACCCUCCCCAGUUGGUAAUUCGACCAUGAUUACUACAAGUUUAGAUUGCUGGCUAGACUAUUUUACUAGUCUAAACAAAUGUUUGCUGACAUGGGCUAAUUGAGUGACUCUCAAGUGACUGACAUUACAAGAGAGAAACUGCUGAUGCACAACCAAACAUUGAAAUUGCACCUCGUGUUUUCUACUAUUCUAACUUUCAACAACUUAGAGAACCCGACUAGGUUCCUCAUUCUUUUCCUUUCAUUUUUGGAAAUGUAUUUGCGGGCCUACACCAGACCAGCAGUUCACCAUCCCUGCUAUGGACAGUGCCUCUGCAAAUUCAAUGUUUUUAGAUUUGUGGGUGAAAUAGUGAACGAGUGUACACUUCAGGAGACAGGCGUUAUAAUUGAGACUAGAUCAGGGCAUGAUGUGGCCUUAAAGAGAGGAGCCAUCCAGAGCUGAACGGAAAGGGUUAAGAGAAAGGCAAGAGCAGUGGUCAGAUUGCAUCCAUAUGGUUGUGUGCUGCUGUCAAUGCACAUUUCCAUGUUGACAGUACUCAACAAUUCAAUUGUUUCUAAAUGAGAUGUACAUUGUUAAAUAACAUUAAAUGGCUAUGCUGUA